AUGACCGGCGAGUUGUCACGUAUCGGGGGCUCAGUGGGACUGCGAGUGGUCGGCGGCAGCGGCUUGAGGGGGGAGGGGGGAACAGGCGAUGCGAGCCCCUUCCCCCGCCACUCCCCCCGCCUUCACUCCUCCGCGCCAUCCAUCUUCGAUAUGCACAUAAAGCCAACCGGACCCAUAACAGCAGCCUCACAUUCCCGCUGCUCU